ACAUAAAUGUUUCUUUUGACUAUCAGUCUUUUGAAUCAUCUAUCUAGAAAUGAAAGUGUUGCUAUUUUUCUGCCACUAGCUCUAUAUCAAACGUCGGAAGCAGUGACCUUCUACAAAAAAAGAGCGGGCCGGAUGUUCGCGAUUUCAUGAAAAAGGCGCGCACGGCGAACAGGGAGGCGCGUAUAAUAAUUGGGAAUACUCGACAAAUUAUAUCGAGCGAAAUUUCGUUCUGCUGAACAAAAAGAGAGUCUCUUUUCUUUUGAUUGUAUUCAUGUAUAACUAAUUGAAUCGCAAAAGUAAUUAAGGACUGUGUAUAUAUUUCGGGAAAAGCGUCAAUAAACCAUUUUCACCCCACCAAAGUGAUUGCAAUUGUAAUAGGUUAUACUCUGCAAAAAUUGCGUGAGUACGUUGAUCGUACUUAAAUUGACAAAAUUCACGUGUGAUAUUAAGUGCAAAAUCAGCUUUGAGAAUAAUAUAUUUGAAGUAAAGUCGAUUAUUUUACGAAAAUGGAUCCACUGUCGAGCAAUCCGAUACUUCACAUCGAAAUUGAGGAUGAUGAACUCUUGGAUGAAAUUUUAUGUAUGAAAAAUAGUAAACCUAUUGCAUCUGAACAAAUUGAUAAGGAAAAAGAAGAUAUUGAUGAAAAAAAAGAAGAUAAUUGUCAGACAAAGGAAGAUAAUCAAGAAAAGGAAAAUGGUGAUAAGAAAAAGGAAGAUAUUAAUGAGGAAAAAGAAGAUUAUUUAGAAUGUGAGACCUAUUACUGUGAGAUAGAAGCUGAAAGUGUUGCCAAGACAGUACAGGAAAAUAAAAUUUUAAGUGUGCAAAAUGACAAUGAUUAUACAAAAUAUUUAAAGAGUACAAGUGAUGUAUAUGUAGAGUUUAAAGACAAUAUACAGAAUAGUCUGAAGGAGUCAAAUAUCAGUAAUAAAAGAACAAGAGAAGAUAAUAUAGAUGAUAUAAAUAUUAAAGUUUCCCGCAGUAGAUGUUACAGUGACUCUAGCUCAACCACUAAUUCAUCAGAUAGUGAUAGGAAACAUGUAGAGUAUGAAAUAGAUCCAAUUGUUCUGGCACGCAGACAAAAGGAGAUAGAUUAUGGAAAAAACACUAUCGGAUAUGAUAGAUAUAUCCAGGCGGUUCCUAAAGAUAAACGUACACGAGAACAUCCAAGGACACCACCAAAAUAUAUAAAGUAUAGCAGAAGAGGCUGGGAUGGUAUGGUCAGAUUAUGGCGGAAACAACUACAUUCUUGGGAUCCUCCUCAAGAAGACAACAAAACCAAUUGAAUUGGAUAAUCUAUUAAAAAACUAAUUAAAUCAUUCUUUUUAUUUAUAUUAUCAUAUUUCUUAAUAUACUUUUAGUUUCUUAA